AUGGUGCGAGCUUUUGGCAGAGCGGCAUCGCCGCACGGCGCCGCGAAGCCUUCCUCAAGCACCAGCAUCCUCCCGCUAAUCACCGCCGGCCACGUUUCCUCCAUCUGGCACGACAUCGUUCUCAUUCCGCCUGCCCCCGUUGCGCCGGCGCGUGCCCAUUCCCCUUCCGGAAUCUCCGCGCGGCGCCAUAAUCAGCAUAGUCAUCGUCGCAACCAUGAUGACAAUCACCUUCAUCGUCAUGAUCCGGCGGCGGCGGCGGCGGCGGCGCUCUCAACCUCCACCUUCACGUUUGUCUGCCGCUCCGCCGCUUCCCGUUCCGCCGAGUCGCCCUCCGCCGCCCCCGGGGACGGCGGCGGCGGCGGCGGGAGGCGGCAGAAGGACGACCCUCUGCGAAAGACGUUCCGCGAAAAGCGGAAGGUAUUGGCGCUGGACGGCAGUCUUAAAGUGCAAGCCGACGCGCCGUCGUCAUCCUCGGAGUCCAAAUCGGCCGAGUCGCUGCUGCUGGCGGCGCCGUGGAACAUGGGCAUCCUGCCGCAGACAUGCGUUCUCGCACCGCGAUCCAUGUCGAUGUUUUUCCACUGGGGUGUUGACGAAGAUCCAGCUGAAGCGAGAGAAAGAGAACGCAGAAAUGCUCUUAUCGGGGAUAACGGUGAUGACGGAUUGGGCGGUGGGGAUUCUGCGAAGGAUUUCAAGGAUUCGCUUGUAACGGCGUGCGACAACUCGCCGCUUGAAGCGCUGGAAAUUGGGUCGCACGCGCGCGAACCUGGCGACGUGUACGACGUUUUGCCGCUGCUGGCGAUGCCCUUGCGACUGAUGGGGGCGGAGCGAAACAGCAUGCCGAUUUCGUGGAGGAUUGUAACGAUCGCAGCGGACGACGAGCUCGUGACAAGCGGGAAGCUAAAAACUUUUAUCCGUAGCCGAUUGGACGAAGUGCGAGAUUGGGCCGAAAAAACAGAGUUUAACAGCGAAAUAGCAGGAGCAGGUCGAGCUGUCAACAAAUGCGCCAAACUUAUCCCCUCUUUCUCAUUCGUCGAAAGGCGUCCCGCCGCCGGCGCUGCGGUUCCGGGGGAGCGCGCUGAUUCCAAAUCGGGUUCCGCGGAGGGCGGGGAGAAGCAGGCGGAGCAGCAACACGAAGUGGAGGAGUGCAUUUGGGAGGCUAAGAACACGUGGAAGAAUCGAAAAGCGAGACGACGGAUAGAUCCCGCCGCGCAGAGAGCGGCGCAAGCGGCGGCGGAAGCGGCGGAAGCUGCGGCGGAAGCAGCGGCGCAAGCAGCGGCGGAAGCGGCGGCGGAGGCGGAGCAAACAAUCCGUUACGCGCACCGCACGUGGCGGAUCCUCUGCCACUCGCUGCGCCGCCCCGUGCUGCGGCGCAUCGCGCAUGUACAGGAGAGCCAUGGGCGGGAGCGCGCGGAGGCGGCGCAAGCGGCUGUUAGAGCGCUGGAGAAGAAGCAGGAGCGGAAAUCACCCAAGGAGCACGAGAGAGGAGGUGUGAGCAGCAGCAGUGGCAGCAGCAAGGGCGCGCCUGUUGCGGCUUCUGCUGCGUUCUCGGCUGCGUUUAAGUCUGCUCACGACCGGCCUCGCAAGCACUCUCAUGCUCACGCGCACGCGCUCACACUCGCGCUCACGCACCCACGGCCGUUGUCAGCGUCUCUCACUGCUGCUGCUGCUGCUGUUGCUGGUAUUGACCAGUCCCCGCAGGAGCACGCACACUCGCACGAUCACUCACUCUCACGGCCGUUGUCAGCUUCUCUCACUGCUGCUGCCGCUGUUGUUGCUGGUACUGACGAGUCCUCUCGAGAGCAGCAGGGUCACGCGCAGGAGACUCAUAGCGAGUCGCAUAACGAGUCUAAUAACCAGUCUUAUACCGAAUCUCGUGACGAGUCUCAUAACGAGUCCCAAAAGGAGCCUCAUAAGGACUCUCGUGAGACUUCUUUGAACGAGUCGCGUAAAAGUUUACACAAGGCCUCUCUCGCGGAUUCUCCUCAUCACCAGUCCCAAAACAAGUGGUUUCAGAAGCAUUCUCACAAGGAGUCUAACGAAGAUUUUCCUCAUUCUCCUCACGAGUCCCGCAAAUGGUUCCACAAGCAUUCCCAUGAGUCUCAUGCGAAUUCCUCUCACUCUCCUCACGAGUCCCACAGGUGGUUUCACAAGCAUUCCCACAGGGACUCUCAUUCGGAGUCUCCUCAUUCUCAUCACGAGUCCCAUAAGCGGUUCCAGAAGCAUUCGCAUAGGGUCUUUUUCGAAGUGUCUCAUAACGAGUCCCACAAGUCGCCUCAUAAGGAGUCUUUUAAGGAGGGCCAGGUGAACCAACUAUUCAAGCGAAUCCAUCCCUCCCCAUCCGCGGGGGACCUCGGAACCACCACCAGCAGCAGCGCCGCGUGGAGAUUAAUCGCCCCUCCUGAAAGCUAUGGCCUUCCGGGGCUCAUCACCCCUAGAGGCGGCGACGUUCUAGGGGGGAGCGGAGGAAGGGGAGGGCGACGAGGGGAACGAGGAGGGGAAAGAAGAGAAGGGUGGAGCGAGGGGAGCAGCAUGCGCAGGCAGAGACACAGCUGCACGGAUCUCACGGACCUUGCAUCUUUUGAGAAUUCUCAAAAGGGGGAGGGGGAGCAGCACGACUGGUUGAACAGCCCUGGUCUCGCUGGGUUCAAGGAGUAUUUAACUGGUUCACACGCAGGGGGGUCGCUGCAUGGGACCGGUAGAAGAAGCGGGCUUCGAGUUUCCAUGGGGGAGAGACCCGUGGGGUAUGAGGGGUAUGAGAGGGAUGAGAAGCAUGAGUGGUUGCGCAGUUCUUCUGCUGGGCAGGGGAUUCUUAUUGCUGCCCGGGAGGCUGUGGAAGGGGCGAAGGGCGUGGCUGAUAAGGUAGCAGGCGUUGCUGCUAAGCGCAUUGCCGUGGCAGGAGCUGUAGCGGGGACUGUAGCGGGGACGGUAGCGGGGACUGUAGCAGGGACUGUAGCGGGGACAGCAGAGCACGUGGCUGGGAAUGUGGCAGGGGCGGCAGGAGUGGUGGCUGGGAAAGUGACUGGCGCGGCAGGCGUGGUGGGAGGUUCGGUGACCGGGGCUGCUGGUAAGGUAGCCGGGGCUGCAGGUACGGUAGCAGGAACGGUAGCCGGGGCUGCAGGCACGGUAGCAGGUACGGUAGCUGGGGCCGCAGGUACGGUGGCGGGUACGGUAGCUGGGGCCGCAGGUACGGUAGCAGGUACGGUAGCCGGAGCUGCAGGUACGGUAGCCGGGGCCGCAGGCUCGGUAGCAGGCACGGUGGCGAGUUUACCCAGAGACGCGGUGGGGGCCUUGUCUCGCAGAGUGCGAAGUAUAGGCGCGGGAGGGAAGGCGAUGAGUGCGCGUGUGCGCAGGGGAGCAGAGGCUCGGAUCGAAGCUGCGCAGAGUACGGUGAAAUCUGUGAGUGCGAGAGUGCAACGGGGCGCCGGGGCUAGCUUUGGAGUGGCUCGGCAUGCUGUUGAGGAGAGGCUCGGGAUGGGCCGGCAUGGUUCGGAAGAGAGGCUCGGGAUGGAUCGGCAUGGUUCGGAGGAGAGCCUCGGGAUGGGCCAGCAUGGUUCGGAGGAGAGGCUCGGAGUGGAUUGGCAUGGUCCGGAGUGUGGGAGUGCAGUGUUUGAGUCGUUUGAUAUGGUGGGUGAAAAUAGUUCGGAGGGAGGGAGUGAAGCACUAGAGUCGUUUGAAAGGGGUGGUGAAGCUGGUUCGGAGGGUGGAAGUUUGGUGCUAGAAGUGUUUGAUAGAGCGGUUGAAAAUGGUUCGGAGGGUGGGGCUGUGGUGCUGGAAUCGUUCGAAAGGGCGGGUGAAGCUGGUUCGGAGAGUGGGAGUGUGCAAGGGAUGCCACAAACAGAGGCAAAUCCUGGCGCAGCGGAAAGUUCUGGUGCAGAGGCGAUCGGAGCGGUUCAAAGCGGUGUGGAGGAGUCUAGUAGUGUGCGGGUGCGGAGAGAAGGCUCAGGAGCCUGUUCUGAUAUGGAGGCGUCUCAGCGGAGUGAGGGUGCAGCGAGUAGUGACUCGCCUGAACGCGAGUUGGAAAGCAGGAGUGCGGGAGUGCAGAACGGUGCAGAGGAGUGCAGCAGUGUGAGAUUGAGGCGAGGAAGCUCAGGGGCGCAUCCUAAUCUGGAUGCGUCUCAGCGGAGUGAGGGUGUCGCGAGUGCGGGAGUGCAGAACGGUGCAGAGGAGUGUAGCAGUGUGAGAGUGGGGCGUGGAGGCUCAGGGGCGCAUUCACAUUUGGAGGCGACUCAGCGGAGUGAGGGUGUGGCGAAUAUUGAGUCGCCCAAAAGAGAAGUGGAGAGCAAGAGGGGGGGAGUGCAGAGCGGUGCGGAGGAGUCUACGAGUGUGGGAGAUUUGAGAGGCGGCUCAGGGGCGCAUUCUAAUCUUGAUGCCUCUCAGCGGAGUGAGGGUGUCGCGAGUAGGGACUCGCCAGAACGCGAGGUGGAGAGAGAGAGUGGGGGAGUGCAGAGCGGUGCAGAGGCGUAUUCCGAGGCACCUGGGAACGAGGCGAGUAGCGGGAGUGGGGGAAUGGGAGGAGGGGGGCCAAGGGAACACAAGGGAUUUUCAGGGCAACCGCGAGGAAAGUCUGCGGCAACAGGAGGAAAGCUUGAAGCAACGAUUUGCCAAGUCCAAGAGUAG